AAUAGAGACUGAAGUCGCCUUACACUACGGGUUUAGAUGUCAACGUGUAGCCUCGAUAGCAGACAAAUGCAUCAACCAAACACAUUCCUCAACAUGAACGGUGACCCCGUCGUUAUUAAUAUAAGUGGAACUGUGUACCACCUCAAACGGGGAACCUUCCGCCGACUUCCGCCUUCUUGCUUGGAAAAGGCAAUAAAGAUAGAGAGCGAUGUGCAUGAAGAGUACUACAUCGAGGGCCACGCCCAGUGUUUUAGUGCCAUAUUAUGGUAUUUUACCCACGGAGAACUGCACAUGCCUACUUCCGUUUGUCCGGCAGUCUUUAGCAGGGAACUUCAGUUCUGGAAGAUCGACCCGAAAAGAUUAUCACGAUGUUGUAACAUGAGGUUUAUAUCGUUUUUCUCGGACCAGGCGUUGCUCAAGUCGAUGGAGGAGGUGGAAACAAAGAACGCCUUUAUAGACAAAGGCAUUCAUCUUAGUAACACCAAAUGGGAGAGAUUCAGGAAAAAGGUGUGGGACAUCUUGGACGACCCGACAUCCUCUACAACAGCAAAGGUCUACGUUGGUAUCUCAGCCUGUUUCAUCGUUAUUUCAAUAUUCGUGCUGUGCGCCAGUACACACCCUGCCUUCCAGAGGGAGCUGGAAAUUUCUGAGUGGAAGGAGUACUUCAAGAGCGAACCAGGGAAAUUUGACGAAAUGUUCGAAAACAAGAAAGUGUCCAUUGCCAAACCGACACUUCCACCGGGGAAAUCUGGAAACGCCGAUAUCUCGAAUAAUCCAGGUCACGGUAACAAAGGAAGUGCGCAACCUCGAACUCGAGAGAUUGUAGGAAGUGCGCAGACUCCAAUACGGGAGAAACGUGAUGAUGAUGGUGAACAAAUAGCGAACGAAACAAUGUCGACAAAUGAAGUGAAAAAUUUUACGAGAUCCUUGCCAACGAAUUUACAUUCUCGGUAUCAUUUCCUGGACAUCGUAGAUUAUGUGAUGGUGACGUACUUUUCGCUCGAGUUCGCUCUCCGGUUGCUCUUCUGUCCUGUCAAGAGGCGUUUCUUUAUAUCUAUUCUGAAUAUUGUAGACAUUGUUGCUUUAUCGUCCGAAUGUUUAAUUAUGAUAUUCGAAACAAUUUUUCCAAAGGAAAGAUUCACAAGUUUUUCUCUUCUCGAUAUUGUAGAAUGCAUACAGAUAGCCCGAGUGUUUCGAUUAUUUCGUCUUAUCAAAAAUUUCAUAGGGUUUCGCGUACUUGUAUAUUCCGUGAAAGCCAGUUUCGCUAACAUGAUGUUAAUGGUCUUCCUGCUGAUGGUGGCUGCGCUGAUAUUUUCCACCUCCGUAUUUUACCUCGACCGGGAUCAAUUUCCAUCGAUACCAGACGCCAUUUGGUGGGCUAUAAUAACUAUGACAACAGUUGGUUAUGGCGACAUGCAUCCCGGGACUAUGGCGGGUAAAAUCAUCGGAUGUCUUUGCGCAGUUUCAGGUGUGUUUGUAUUAGCUGUUCUCAUUCCUGUUCUCGUCACCAAUUUUCUACUAUUUAUUGGUUUCGCCCGCAUUCCCAAGAGAGACAAGGAAGGGCUGGCUUCCAUGGUGAGGAAAGAAUACGAAAUCAGAGAGUUCAAUAACACCAAGUCAAAGGUCAGAGUUCAACUAUCGUGUCCAUAA